UGUUGUAGAUUUUGCUCUCGUGGUCGGACGUGUGUGUUGCGCUGUAAAUUCGUUGCCAAAUAUAUUAUUUUUUUAAGUUUAAGACAAAAACAAAAAAAAUCUUAUUUAGAGCUGCUGCGCUGCGGUUGGCUAAUAAUAUACAUAAUUAUUUAAAAAAGAAUAAAACAAAUUACGAACGCACAAAUAAACAAAAACAAAUUUGCACAGAAUUAACACAAAACAAAAACGAUCAACAUGGAUCCCGAAGCAUUUUUAGAUAUGGCCAAUCAGGUCAUUAAAUUGAAAAUGUUUCCCUAUUUCGAUAUCGCACACAGUCUAUUAGCCGCCCUAGCAGUACGUGAAGAUUUGGGGUCAAAUGCUCAGGCUUUCUCACGUAAACAUCCCUUAGCCUGUUGGUUGUCGACAAUGUUGGUGAUAUUUUCCGGAGCUAUGGUAGCUAAUGGUUUAUUGGGUGAGCCCAUAUUGUCGCCAUUGAAAAAUACACCACAAUUAAUGGUGGGAACUGUGGUGUGGUACAUGGUAUUUUAUACUCCCUUCGAUAUUGGUUAUAAAGUGGCCAAAUUUUUACCCAUUAAACUAGUGGCCAGUGCUAUGAAAGAAAUCUAUCGUGCUAAGAAAGUCUAUGAUGGUGUUUCACAUGCUGCCAAAUUAUAUCCAAAUGCCUGGAUUAUCAUGAUUAUUAUAGGUACUUUAAAGGGUAAUGGUGCUGGUUUUACUAAACUAUUUGAACGUUUAAUACGUGGUGCCUGGACUCCAACUGCCAUGGAAUUUAUGCAACCCUCUUUCUACACAAAGGCUUCACUUUUGGCUUCCAUUAUCUUUGUUUUGGAUAAGAAAACUGAUUGGAUUUCUGCUCCACAUGCCUUGGUCUACUUUGGCAUUGUUAUCUUUAUGGUUUACUUUAAGUUGUCAUCGAUUUUAUUGGGGAUACAUGAUCCCUUCUUGCCAUUUGAAAACUUAUGUUGUGCCAUAUUCUUUGGCGGCAUUUGGGAUAGUUUGGCUAAGAUUUUGGGCCGCGGUCAAGCCAAAGAAGGCGAGGGCAAAGAUGUUAAGAAAAGCAACUAAAAGACUUGCAAUACUCAGUAAAUUUAUAAUGUUAUAAACACAACAUCCUAACGAAAACGAAGUCGAUUUAAAUUUAAAACAUGUUUUAAUUUUUCAACAAACAAAAAAACGAAAACGAAAUGCAACACAAAGAGACCUAUCCUAAGCCAAAUCAAACUAGACAACACCCAUUUAACGGCUACAAAACGAAAUACCUAAACAUUUGGCCAUUUGUUUUCCUCUUUUUUUAUAUAAAAUUCAACAAGAAUUUAUUUUAUUUUUAUUAACAAAAAAAAAAACUAGUCAUUGUCUAAGUUUUAGUUUAAAAGUCUUACUUAUUAUUUAGUAACCCAGUGGGUGGGUGUUUAUUAAAUAAUGACAUAAAGACUUUUAUUUUAAAUUUUAACCUUUUUUUAUAAUUUUUUUUUCUACAACAAUUGCAAUUUAUUAAAUACGCACACAGUAAUUGUUAGUUAUAAACAAAAUAAUAAUAUUUUAACAAUUAAUUACUUUUACAACAGCAACAACAACAUAACGAUCUUUAAACAACUUAUCAUUUUAUCUAAUAAAUUUUAAAUAAACAUUGACUUUUAAUGAAACCUACAAAUCUAAAACCAAAAAUUAUUUAAAUGAAAUUUUAUGUUUUAAACAAAUUAUUUCUAAAAUUAAAAAUUAUGUUUUCUUUUUUGUAAUUAGAUUUUAAGUGAUGUUUUGUUUUUAAAUAAUAAUGAUGUAGAUGAUCAUGAUGACAAAAGUUAAGAGUGCAAUGUAUUUGUAUGUAAUUGUGAAUUAUAAUUUUAAUUGUAUAAUACUUUUAAGAAUGAGCAAAAAAACAAAAACAAUAAUAAAACAAACCAACAACACCUUUUUUUGAGAUACAAAAAUAAA